AUGACGUCGUUCGCAUUGCCGUUGAGGUUUCUCGCGCUCCUCGUCGUGUUCGCGACGUCGACGUCGAUCGCGUUGACGAGNUCAAUGACAAAUACAACAAAGAGGAGCGUUGUCGAUGGAAGAGAGACUGCUAUCGCGUUCCUACGCAAGUACGGUUACCUAGAGGACAUUGUUGAAAACUCAUUGAUUUUGGAGGGUGCGUUGAAUCACGCUGUCUCGCUUUUUCAAGAAUUCUACAAUCUUCCGAUAAAUGGUGAAUUAAACAUGGAAACGAUGCGCACAAUGAACAGACCGCGUUGUGGAGUUCGUGACAUCCAGACGCGGUACUCGAACAAGGAGUACUUACACAAGUGGCCUACUACUCAUCUCACAUGGAACUUUUUGUUCGCUUCUAGAGCGAAUCUACAAAUAGCGAAAACAGCGUUCGCUCUGUGGGCAGCGAAUUCAUCGCUGACUUUUACACGCAGCGUGCACAAUCCUAACAUAGUGAUUUCAUAUAAAGGUGGACGACACCCUAUGUGGGACAAGCAUUACUCGGAUACUAUGUGUCCGUUUGAUUUUGACGGUCGAGGUAGAGUACUCGCUCACGCGUAUUAUCCCAACGGAGAUCUGAACCAUGUCUCUGAGAUACAUAUCGACAAUGAGGAACAGUGGCACGUGCAGCUCACUGAAAAUCCAAGAAAUAAGGAUCAUCUGUUGCACACACUGACUCAUGAAAUCGGACAUGCUAUAGGAAUAGAGCACAGUCCACAUGACAAUUUGGUACUUUACGCGUUCGUGCCUGUUAAACAGUGGCCUGUUACGCUCAGCUUGGAUGAUGUUCUAGCUGUGCACAACCAUUACGGACCUAACCCGAAUCCACCUGAUCUACCACCGGUUUCUACAUUUGUCCUUUCAACGGUCGCAACGACUACAACAACAACAACGACGCCGCAGCCGCCGUUGCCGCAUAAACCUACGCCGCUACCACCUAGACAUGUGUGCGAAGUGCGCAAUCCCGAUCUGGAUGCGGCUUAUCAACAAUCAUCCGGCGAGCUCGUGCUCUUCGCCGAUGGAUAUGUGUACUUGGUUUUCUAUCCUAGUUUACAAUUGCAAGACGGUUGGCCGCGCAGUUUCUCUGAGAUUGGAUUGCCUAGCGAUGUCGCCAUUAACACUGCGUUUCAAUCUUCUAUGGGACACACCUACGUCAUAUUCAACAACGACUCUGUGGCCGUUGUAGAUAAUUGUAACGUGAGGAUUAAGGAAUACAACAAAUUGAAACUAAUGUUUCCGGGAGUUCCACCAAGUAUGUCGUUGGCCUUCCGUAAUGCAGAUGGCUUUGUGUACUUUCUGUACUCCGAGAGAUAUCUCGCGUUCAGCGAAUUCACCAGUUUUAUGCACUCUGCGAGACCUUUUAAUAUGCGUUUAAUUGAUAUUUAUUGUCCGGAUAUAAACAUCUUAUACAACUUAAAAUCCCUAGUUUCUCAACUUGAAAAGUAUGAACACGCUCUUCAUUCAGAGUAG